CACUGAAAAAGAAAAUGUCUUGACGGUCUUUGUUCUAAUUCUAGGUUUGGCAAAGUAUCUGCUUCCAGGAAAUGGGCACCAAGGUAGCCAUGAGAAACCUGCUUCCUCUCUUACAGAAACGUUUUCUAUCAACAUCAUCGUCAUCUACUCCAACACUUUCUCCUCUUUCCAAUGCUCCAUCGUCAUCGUUCACAGUCGACUUCCUCAUCAACUCAUGCGGGCUUCCCUCAAAAUCUGCUCUUUCUGUCUCCCAGAAGUUACAACUCGACGAGAAGAGCAUCCAGAAGCCCCAAUCAGUACUCGAGUUUCUGAAAGCUCACGGCUUUAAAGAAACCCACGUCGUCAAAUUAAUUGAGAAGCGGCCUGAUGUCCUCAGACGUGGAGUAGACACCAAUCUCAAACCAAAAUUUGAGUUCCUCAUCGCAAAUGGCUUUGUGGGUAAGCUUCUUCCUGAGCUCAUUACAUCAAAUCCGAAUGUUUUGGAAAGGGCUUUAGAAUCUAAUAUGAAGCCAUGUUUUGAGUAUUUUAAGUCCAUUCUUGGUAGUAAUGACAUGAUUGUAGCGGCUUCUAAGCGAUGUGCAGUGUUCUUGACCUAUGAUUGGAAGAGUAUUAUACAGCCAAAUGUUGAGUUGUUGAUAAAAGAGGGAGUGCCUGAAGAGAGAGUAGUAAAAAUGAUUGUUGCACAACCAAGAAUUAUAUAUCAAAGGCGCGAUAGGAUGGUUUAUGCAGUCAAUGCUGUCAAGAAUUUGGGUCUUGAGCCAAAGGCUCCCAUGUUUAUAUAUGCUCUUAGAUCGAUCUUAUCCAUGAAUGAGUUCACUUGGAAGAAGAAGAUUGAGGUGAUGAAAAGUUUUGGGUGGACUGAAGAAGAGAUUUUGCGGGCAUUUAAGCAAUACCCGUUUCAAUUAUCAUCCUCGGAGGAAAAAAUGAGGAAAUCGAUGGAUUUCUUGUUGAAUACUAUUAAGAUGGAAAGGCAGGCCAUCAUUGCCUGUCCUAAGUUUCUUAUGUAUUCAACUGAGAAAAGGCUCCGUCCUAGGUAUGAUGUUUUGAAGAUUUUGAAGUCUAAGAAGCUAAUUGAAAUCGGCAAGAAGACGAACUAUCUGCUAACAGUUAGUGAGAAAAAUUUCUUGGAGAAUUAUGUUACUAAGUAUGCUGAUAAAGUGCCAGGUUUAUUGGAGGUAUACAGGGGCACAACAAAGACCGAAAGAUAGAUACUUGAUUACCUCCCAUCCAUCACCUCCAUUCCAUUAUCACAGGCCAAUGUUUUUCUCAGGCCUGGCCAAUGAUCUCUAGUUUUUGCCAUUCUCUUCAUAUGCUAAACCAAAGCCAGCUAAUUUUCUUGGACCAAACAACAAAUAUUGAUAACCUCCUCCAAUUCUUAUCUUUUCCAUCCUGCUUUGCAGACCAGGAAUUUCCAUGUUGGAUAUAAGACUUUUGCGUCCUUCUUCAAGAGCUUCUUCCUCUCUUUCUGCUGCAUCUUCUCCACCUACAGGAUAUUGGACGAGUUAAAUUAGUGUUUUUGACAAAAAUGAACAUAAUUUUUAAUAAAAUGGUUGUAUGGUGCUGACAUUUUUUAGCGUGUUUGUCAAGUUCCCUAUGGGUCAGCUUGCUAGCAUUUGCCGAGGUCAGUUCAUGUCUAAAUUAGACCCAAAAAAUGAUGCUUAAAAUUGUUCUUUAUUUUUCUAGUUAUUUUCGAAUUUCUUUAAA